AUGUUCAGACAAAUUGCCAGAAGAGCACCAAUUGCCCCAAGAUUCACCAGAUCCUACAUUGCCGGUCAAUUCACUGGUUCAAAAGGUCCAAAUGGUAAAUAUACCGUUACUUUAAUUGAAGGUGAUGGUAUUGGUCCAGAAAUUUCCCAAUCAGUUAAAGACAUUUAUGCUGCUGCUGAAGUUCCAAUUGAAUGGGAACCAGUUGAUGUUACUCCAUUAUUAAUUGAUGGUAAGACCACUUUACCUCAACCUGCAGUUGAUUCUGUUAAUAAGAAUUUAGUUGCUCUUAAAGGUCCUUUGGCUACACCAGUUGGUAAAGGUCAUACAUCUAUGAAUUUAACUUUAAGAAGAACUUUCAACUUAUUUGCUAAUGUCCGUCCAUGUAAAUCUAUUGUUGGAUAUGAUACACCUUAUGAAAAUGUUGAUACUGUUUUAAUUAGAGAAAAUACUGAAGGUGAAUAUUCUGGUAUUGAACAUACUAUUGUUCCAGGUGUUGUUCAAUCUAUUAAAUUGAUUACUAAACCAGCUUCUGAAAAGGUUAUCAGAUAUGCUUUUGAAUAUGCUAAAUCUAUCAAUAAACCCCAUGUUUUAGUUGUUCAUAAGGCUUCUAUUAUGAAAUUAUCUGAUGGUUUAUUCGUUAGUACUGCUAAAGAAAUUGCCAAAGAAUAUCCAGAUGUUAAAUUAGAUUUCGAAUUAUUAGACAAUACUUCUCUUAAAUUAACUUCCGAUCCAUCUGAUUAUAAAGAAGUUGUUAUGGUUAUGCCAAACUUAUAUGGUGAUAUUAUGUCUGAUUUAUCUUCUGGUUUAAUUGGUGGUUUAGGUUUAACUCCAUCCGGUAAUAUGGGUAACAAGGUUUCUAUCUUUGAAGCCGUCCAUGGUUCUGCCCCAGAUAUUGCUGGUAAGGGAUUAGCUAACCCAACUGCUUUAUUAUUAUCUUCUUGUAUGAUGUUGAGACAUAUGUCUUUGAAUGCUGAUGCUGAUAGAAUUGAAAAUGCUGUUUUGAAGACUAUUGCUUCUGGUCCAGAAAACAGAACUGGUGAUUUGAAGGGUACUGCUUCUACUUCACAUUUCACUCAACAAGUUAUUGGUAACUUGUAA